AUGUCGAGUACUGUCAAUUCGGAGACACAAACAUACAUCGUCGUACUGAAGGACGGUAUAUCUACACAAACCUUUCUCGCCUCGCUGCACGCCCAUUCUGAAUCAUUCAAGACUUUCUCUGCGGACGCCGUGCACACGUACGAGGAUGUCCUGAACGGGUUUUGCGGAACGUUCAAUCAAAACCAAGCCGAAGCAUUUGAAGCACACCCUGAUGUCAAGUACAUCGAAAAGGAUGCCGUGGGUGAGAUCUUCGCCCAACAAAAUAAUGCCCCUUGGGGCUUGGGGCGGCUCAGCCGUAUUUCUCCAUUUCCGAUAUCAACAAAACCUUUACCCAACAAAUUUUUCUACUUUUACGAUUAUCCGGCAGGUAAAGGGGUGGACAUAUACAUUGUUGAUACAGGGAUUGACACAAGUCAUCCAUCCUUCGAGAAACGUGCUUUGUGGGGGAAAACAUUUGCAGGAACUCCCAACAAGGAUCUCAAUGGUCAUGGAACCCAUGUCGCAGGGACAGCAAUUUCUAAGCUGUACGGUGUUGCGAAGACGGCAACAGCGAUUGCUGUGAAGAUCGGAGACGAUGGGUUCAAUAACAGCACACUCAUACGUGCAUUAGAUUGGAUUAUUUCAAGCGUUAGAAACACAAAGAGACCGAGUGUUGUCAAUUUGAGCAUCGGUGCGGCACAGUCCCGAGCCAUCGACGACUCAGUAGAAAAGCUUUUCAGGGCCAAAAUACCUGUCGUAGCAGCCGCUGGAAACUCGAACAAGGACGCAAAAACCAUCAGCCCCGCACGCUCGCCGUUCGCAAUCACCGUAGGUGCAUCUAACAUUCAAGAUAAGAGAUAUACCUUGUCGAAUUAUGGGAGUGUUGUCAAUGUAUUUGCUCCUGGAGAAGAGAUAGACUCUACCUGGCUUAAUGGAAGAAACUCUGUACUAUCAGGUACAUCCAUGGCAGCACCACAUAUAUCUGGCCUCCUCGCGUGUUUGAUUUCACCGGAAUCAAAUAUACCUUUAAACUUUUGGGCGUAUGUUCAUGCAGGCAAGCUAUCAAACAUCCCGGCCAAUACCCCAAACUUACUGGCAUAUAACUGCUUUUAUAACCUUGGCGGAUUUAUUCACGUGCAAAAAACGGUAGAAGGAGAAGCAGACGACAAUUCAACAUGUACCGAAGACGCACCCGACAACACCAAACAUGAUGUGAUUGGAGAAGCUUAA